GUUACAAUACGAAUCGAUCCUCCCACAGAGCCAUCGUCAGGGCCACGUGGAACGGUGCUGCGAUGGAGGCGGCGGCGGCGCCUCCGAGUCCCCGGGGACGCGCAGAGGGAGCGGGGCACGAGCGAGGGGGGAGGAAGGUCCGCGAGACGAAGGCCGACAGGAAGGGGGAGAGGCGGCGGCGCAAGGCUCGCCUCACGCUGCUGAGGCUGGACGGCGUCCAGACCGUAGACCACGCCACGCAGCACCUGUUGAUCGCCAACGGGGGCCUGGGGAACGGCGUGGCCCGCACGACCCUGCUGGAGCUGAUGGGCGCGCAGGGCCACCUGGAGGCGCUGGAGACGCCGCGGGGGCGGCCGUACGCCUUCGCCUCCUUCUCCCGCGUGCACGAGGCGGAGGGGGCACGGCGCAAGCUCGACGGCUGCUCGGUCUCGUCGGCCGUCGCGACCACCCCCGUCACACUCCACCUGUGCCACGUGGAGAGAGUUCCCAUUCAGGAAAGCUGCACAGAGGCCCUGCCACCAGGCCUGAAGCUCAUCCCAGACUGCGUUUCAUCCGAGUACGAGGACCAGCUGCUGAGCUGCCUUGACUGGAGCAGACGGCAGCCAACAGCCCAGCAGUCUCUUAAGCAUAGGUGCGUCCAGCACUUUGGAUAUGAAUUCCGCUACGAUAACAACAAUGUUGACAAGGAUAAGCCGCUGGAUAGAGGUGUUCCAACUAUGUGUGAUGAACUCGUUGACAAGUGCCUAUCGGCCGGUUACAUUCAGCAUCGGCCCAAUCAGCUGACAGUAAACCAGUACCAGCCCGGUCAAGGGAUCCCCCCGCACAUUGACACACAUUCUGCCUUUGAGGACGGCAUCAUGUCUCUGAGCUUGGGAGCCUCGACGGUGAUGGAGUUCCGGCACCCCGAUGGCAGCCACGCUUCUGUGCUGCUUCCUCGCCGCAGCCUGCUGGUGAUGGCGGGCGAGUCGCGCUACCUCUGGAGCCACGGGUACCACCCUCCGCGCCACCAAGUCCACGCCGGCUCGCAUUCGAACCCUGGCAUCACGCCCCGCAAGUUCGACGUGGUGCCGGCGCCGCCGCCGCCGCCCGGGGAUGGCGCGGAGGGGCCGCAGGGGUCCACGCUGGCCCAGCGUGGGGUGCGGACGUCUUUCACGUUCCGCACCGUCCGGAGGGAGCCGUGCCGCUGCCGUUACCCUUCGGUCUGCGACAGCCAAGCUGGACAACAGAACCUGCAAACUCCCUCCUCGCGCAGUCCUAUCAACGAACCGCUGCCCAGCACCGCAGGCUUGACCACCUCCAGCGCGACACACUUGGGCCCCUCGGAAGAGAGCCGCGGACCCGACCGGGUGUCGCGAGCGGUCGCGACUGAGCGCGUACAGGUGGCGGCGUUCUCGCAUCCUGGCCGCUCGGUAGACGCGGAGGACGACGACGACGACGACGACGAGGAGGAGGAGGAGGGCGACGCGGCGCAGCGGCUGGAGACGGAGCACGUGCACCGCGUGUACGAGCAGAUCGCGGACCACUUCAGCAGCACCCGCCACUCGCCCUGGCCUCGCGUCGCCGCCUUCGUGCGCGGCCUGCGGCCCGGCGCGCUCGUCUGCGACGUCGGCUGCGGCAACGGGAAGUACCUGGGCCUCGCCGAGGGAUCGUACGUGUUUGGCUGCGACCGCAGCGCCGGGCUGGUGGGGAUCUGCGAGCAGCGCGGCUUCCAGGCGCUGGUGUGCGACGCCCUCGCCUUGCCCGUCCGCACGGGGGCGUGCGACGCCUGCCUCUCCAUCGCCAUCAUCCACCACCUCUCCACGGAGGAGCGAAGACUUAAAGCCUUGCGGGAGCUUCUGCGAAUCCUUAGGCCUGGAGGGAGAGCCCUCGUUUACGUGUGGGCGCUGGAGCAGAAGUACCGCCAAGCGCGAUCCAAGUACCUCAAGCCCAAGCACGGGGAGAUGGUGGGAGGCGGCACUGGGCCGCAGCCUGUGGUUGGAGUCGGGGAGACGGCGGACCACGAGAAAGGGACGAGUUCCACUCCCACAAACGGCGUGAAAUCCCCGUGUGAUGACGUCGCUGAGUCCAGCCGGCCCGCGGAGCCCGCCCCUGCGCCACCGGAGCCUCGCAGGGCUCCGGGGAUGCCGACUCGUGGCCACCUGCCCGUGCACACGAACCGCACGCCCUUCCGCGCGCAGGACGUGCUCGUGCCCUGGCACCACAGGCGGCAGGGCGAGACCCCGGGACAGCCCGAGCGGGCGUGCGAGGAGGCGCCCGUUUACCACCGGUACUACCACGUGUUCCGCGAGGGUGAACUCGAGGCUCUGUGUGCUCGGCUGGACGGCGCGCGAGUGCUGCUGAGCUACUACGAUCAGGGAAACUGGUGUGUGGUCGUGGAAAAGUGCUGACAUGUGCACAACUUGGUUUUAAAUCGCGACGACUGAGCACGGGCCCUAAGCAACCAAGCAACCAAGCAGCCAGCAACAAAGAAUGCUCUUGAAGGUGUAAUCGAUAAGAGUUCUACGUUUCUUUAAUUGAUUAAGGUUAUAAGAGCUUGGGGAAUAAGACGAUGGCAGUUCCAAAGCGGAGCAGCGUGACGAAAUAAGAAAAAAGAGAAGUGUCGUAGCCUGCAGCGUGGUGAUGGAAGCAGUAUGGAUCAGACGAACUGUUUAGUAGACCGAGUGGACAUUCAGGCGCCACGGUGGCGAGAUGUUAACUACCUCACCUGUUAUGCAGGAGGUCGUUGGUUCGAUCCCGACUGAUGCCUGUAUAUUAGGAGUUUGCAUGUUCUCCCCAUGGUCACAUGGAUUUUU